CCAUGCAUCUUCAAAGCAUUUACUAUACCCAUUCCUAGCCUUCGACAGAAAGAAAAGCUAUAUACGCCUACUAACUCUUUCCACAGAACAACCACCACCGCUACAAUGCCAGUUGACAAAAACCCAUCUCCAAGACCCUCAAAAACCAAUGACUUCAACACAAACCCUGCUCAGAACCGUCCUCAGAAAUCCCACCACCAUCAAAACCAAGUCCCAGGCCAAACAGCUCCAUGCCCACAUCCUCAAAACCGAAGGUCCAUGUUCCACUCACUUGUCCAUCACUCUCCUCUCCAUCUACUCAAACCUCAACCUCUUGCAUGACUCACUCCUACUCUUCAACACCCUCCACUCCCCUCCCACUCUUGCUUGGAAAUCCCUCAUCAAAUGCUACGCUUUCCAUGGCCUUUCCCACCAAUCCUUGGCAUUCUUUGUCGAGAUGCGGGCUAUGGGUAAGCACCCAGACUGCCAUGUGUUCCCUUCUGUGCUGAAAUCUUGCACAUUGCUGAUGGACUUGAGGUUGGGCGAGUCGCUACAUGCCUGCAUUAUAAGGCUUGGUAUGGAUUUCGACUUGUAUACUGGUAAUGCGCUUAUGAAUAUGUACUCGAGAUUUCAGAGCUUGGGUGAGAGUGGCAGACAGAGGUCUAGCGCGCCUGAGAUGCUUGAUGGAAUGCCUGAUAGAAGGCGAAAAGAUGAAUGUGAAAGUGGUGUGGCUAGUUGUGGGGAACUGAGCGGUAGAAUUGUGUCUGAGGAGUUAGAAGGUGAGGGAGGGAUGCUGUACUUUGAUGGAAAAGCAAAGAGACAAAUAGGUAGUGGUGAGACUAAGAAUCAUAAUAAUAAUUGUAACUCAAAUGAAUUGGUGAACAAGUAUGAAGAACAGGUCACGGGUAUUGAUCACAAACUUAACUUGAAUCAAAGUAGUGAUAAGUCUCCUCAAAUUAGUGGAAAUAGGGAGAUUAGUGGGCAUUUCUAUGGGAAAAUGAAUGAUGUUUCUGUGGGAAAGAUAGACGUAAGGGCUUUACUAAUGGAUAGUGUGAGAAAGAUUUUUGAUAUGAUGCCAAAAAAGGAUCUUAUUUCCUGGAAUACCGUGAUUGCAGGAAAUGCACAAAAUGGAAUGUAUGAAGAAGCUUUAACAAUGGUUAGAGAGAUGGGGAAUGCAAACUUGAAGCCUGAUUCUUUCACUUUGUCGAGUAUUCUUCCUAUCUUUGCAGAAUAUGUGGAUGUUAUUAAGGGAAAGGAAAUCCAUGCGUAUGCCAUAAGACAUGGGUUUGAUGUAGAUUUGUUCAUUGGAAGUAGCUUAAUUGACGUGUAUGCCAAGUGUACUCGUGUGGAAGAUUCAUGUCGGGUCUUCAAUCUCUUAUCUCAGCGUGAUGCCAUUUCAUGGAAUUCUAUAAUUGCAGGAUGUGUGCAAAAUGGUCUGUUCGACGAAGGCCUGAGAUUCUUUCGGCAUAUGUUGAAGGCUAAAAUUAAGCCAAGGCAUGUUUCCUUUUCAAGUAUCAUGCCAGCUUGUGCUCACUUGACCACACUACAUUUGGGGAAGCAGCUACAUGGAUACAUAAUUAGAGGUGGAUUUGAUGAUAACGUGUUUAUUGCCAGCUCCCUCGUGGACAUGUAUGCCAAAUGUGGGAACAUUAGGAUAGCUAGGUGGAUUUUUGAUGAGAUGGAGCUACAUGACAUGGUGUCAUGGACGGCCAUAAUCAUGGGAUAUGCUUUGCACGGGCAUGCCCAUGAUGCCAUUUCCUUAUUUGAGCAGAUGGAAAUGGAGGGAGUAAAACCCAACGUUGGGGCUUUUGUGGCUGUGUUGACUGCCUGCAGCCAUGCUGGAUUGGUAGAUGAAGCUUGGAAAUAUUUUAAUAGUAUGACUCAGGAUUUUGGAAUUGCUCCAGGCUUGGAGCACUAUGCUGCUGUUGCAGACCUUUUGGGCCGAGCAGGAAGGCUGGAGGAAGCUUAUAAGUUUAUCUCUAACAUGCAUAUAGGACCAACAGGAAGUGUGUGGUCAACAUUGUUGGCCGCAUGUAGAGUUCACAAGAAUGUUGAAUUGGCAGAAAAGGUUGCUGACAAAAUAUUCAGGGUUGAUCCUGAGAACAUAGGGGCCUACAUUCUACUAUCAAACAUAUAUUCUGCUGCUAGGAGAUGGAAAGAUGCAGCAAAUUUGAGAAUUUCCCUGAAGAAAAAGGGCAUGAAAAAGAAACCAGCUUGCAGCUGGAUCGAAGUUAAGAACAAGACGCAUGCUUUUGUGGCUGGAGAUAAAUCCCAUCCAUAUCAUGACAGAAUAAAUGAGGCACUGGAAGUUUUACUAGAGCAGAUGGAGCGAGAAGGGUAUGUUCCCGACACAAAAGAGGUGCUCCAUGAUGUUGAAGAGGAGCAUAGGAAAUACUUGCUACAUAGCCACAGCGAAAGGCUCGCUAUAGCAUUUGGCAUCAUUAGCACUCCUGCUGGCACAACAAUUCGAGUAACAAAGAAUAUUCGCGUCUGCACAGACUGCCACACGGCGAUUAAGUUCAUAUCAAAGAUUGUUGGAAGAGAGAUCAUUGUGAGGGAUAACAGCCGAUUUCACCAUUUCAAGGAUGGAAAGUGUUCUUGUGGUGAUUAUUGGUGACUCAGCAUAAUGCAAUUGGGUCAUUCUAAUUUGACCUGAAACCAUUAGAAAUCGGCCAAACUGCAGGAUGACUUGGUCGGGAGAACACAGCUUUGAGCGUAUUAAAGAGAUUGGUAGCGACCAUUAGUGAACCAAUAAAAAGGAGUUCCUGAUGGCACUGCUAGUCAGCUACCAAGCAAGCACAGGAAGAAUGCUAAAAACAAUGAAGUGCAUUUUUGCGAAGUCUUUUACUACCAGGUUGUUGCUGCCAUCUAAUUCAUCACUCUGAGCUGGAAAUGACAUUGUUCUUUUGAAGAACUGCAUGACAUGUUCUGUUCAGAGAACUCUCUAUUGAUUACCAGAAACAUUUAGGGGAGAGCAUGUUGUUCUUUUGUGGAACAAAAUAAAAUAAAAUUUAGAAGCAUAUAAUUUAGCUUCGAUCAACAUCGUUGGCAUGCUGUGUGACAUUGGUAGGGUUACUAGAAGUGAUAAUCGAGGCACAAAAUCAUAUAUAUAUAUAGGGGCGGAACCAAGAAU